CAUACCAAGAGCUGUAACCCUUUUCAGACCAAGCCCAUUUUUAUUGUUCUGCAGAGCCCAGCACAACAGUUCUUGGGUCCAUGGUGAUGUUGCUAGGCUGCCUUAACAAUGCAGUAACACUUAGUUUUGUUUUCCAGCAGGUCAUGUCAGUUCGUCCAGACCUUCACCAGCGCUAUGUGGCUACCUGCCAAAACUUGGGCCAACCUGAAAACCCCUUCAUUGCUCAUGUGCUUCAAGAAGCUGAUAAAAAUGAUAAAAUCAGUUGGACAAAAGGGAUCACAUUAAAAAUAGCUGGAAAUAAUCAUCUAGUGCCUGUGCAGAGAGUUACAGGUGAUGAUCUUCAAGUCCUUGCCUCUGUCUUGUGCAAUUCUGUAUUUGUCACAGGUUUGGAUCUUAGGUUUAACGUAUUGACUGAUGCUGGAGCAAAACACAUGGCAACGUUCCUCCAGGAAAACUCCACUCUGAGGUAUCUUAACUUGAUGUUUAAUGAUAUUGGCACAAGCGGAGCAGAGCUGAUAGCCAGAGCCCUCCAUAGGAAUGAAACUCUCCUGUAUUUGAGAAUGACUGGAAACAAAAUAGGAAACAAAGGUGGAAUGUUCUUUGCUUCAAUGCUACAAAUUAAUUCAACCUUAGAGAAGCUGGAUCUUGGAGAUUGUGAUAUGGCUACGCAGUGUCUAAUAGCGAUAGUAACAGCCCUGACUCAGAACAAAUCAGUCAAAGCAAUAAACCUCAAUCGCCCUUUACUGUACAGCCAAGAGGAAGACACCACGGUUCACGUAGCUCUGAUGCUGAAAAAUAACUUUUCUCUUGUGGAACUACACCUGUGCAAACAUGAAAUGAAAAACUUUGGUGUAGAGCGACUGUGUGAGGCAUUGUAUGAAAACUCCAGCCUGAAGUACCUUGAUCUUAGCUGUAAUAAAAUAAGCCGUGAUGGAGUGAAAUUUUUGGGAGAACUCCUAAAACGGAACCAGACUCUGGAAAUCCUAGAUCUUGGUGCAAACCGAGCAGAAGACGAUGGAGCCAUCUACCUGAGCGAAGCCUUGGCUCUGCACAACAGGACUCUUCGGGCGCUGUCAGUAGUAAGCAACAAUAUAAGUGGCAAAGGACUUGUAGCUCUUUCAGAUGCAAUGAAAACAAACAUGGAACUUUCCUAUAUUUACAUCUGGGGAAACAAAUUUGAUGAAGCCACCUGUAUGGCAUUCUCAGAAUUAAUUCAGACAGGUCGCUUGAAACCUAAUUGUACAGACGUGGAACCGUAUGAAGUGGAUGGGCACGUUCACCUUGCAGAGCUCUCCCAUGGCCUCCGGAAGCAUUACUACUGGACACCAAGUUAUGGGGAGGUGACAAACAAAGAUGCUAAUGCCAGUCUGGCCAUCGCAGCUGUUUCAGAACACUUGUGA